UGUAUAUCUCUGAGUUUUCUCUUCUUGUUUUCGUUAUUUCCGGUUAGCUUUUGCUUUUUAAGUCAGUUUUGAGUAGAUAGUAAAGGGUAAGCAGGCUAAAAUGGCUGGAGACGGUAUAGCUACGACAACGAAAGGUGGAAAAGAAUACCCCGGCAAACUCACUGGUAGGGUUCUUCUCACAUGUAUGGUGGCAGCUACCGGUGGUUUGAUUUUUGGCUACGAUCUUGGAGUCUCAGGUGGUGUGACAUCGAUGGAUUCAUUCCUGAAAAAGUUUUUUCCAGCGGUUUAUAGCAAAGAAUCCUCGGUCAAGCCUUCCGACAAUCAGUACUGCAAGUUUGACAGCCAGAUGCUGACGCUCUUCACAUCGUCACUGUAUGUAGCUGCUCUGGUUUCAUGUGUUUGUGCAUCAACUAUAACCAGAAAGUUUGGUAGGAGACGUACAAUGUUUUUGGGUGGAGUUCUCUUCUUGAUUGGUGCACUCCUCAAUGCCGGCGCUCAAUACCUUUGGAUGCUUGUUGUCGGUCGAAUACUCCUCGGUUUUGGCAUUGGAUGUGCCAAUCAGUCUGUGCCGAUCUAUGUCUCUGAGGUAGCCCCAUACAAAUACCGUGGUGCUUUAAACAUGAUGUUCCAAUUGUCAAUCACUAUUGGAAUACUUGCUGCGGGUGUCAUAAACUAUUUCUUUUCUGAGAUCAAAGGAGGUUGGGGAUGGCGUUUGAGUUUGGGCGGUGCUGCAGUCCCUGCAAUUAUGAUCAUGAUCGGCGCAUUAGUUUUACCGGAAACUCCAAACUCUUUGGUUGAGCGUGGUAAGAAUGAGGAAGCCAAAACUCAGCUCCUCAGAAUCAGAGGCGUUGACAAUGUUGACGAGGAGUUUGAUGACCUAGUUGCGGCCAGUGGUGCAUCCAAGUUGGUAAAAAACCCCUGGAGAACCUUGUUGACCAAGAAAUACAGACCUCAGCUUGUCUUUGCACUUGCAAUUCCUGCCUUUCAGCAACUCACCGGAAUGAAUGUGAUCACAUUUUAUGCCCCCGUCUUGUUCAAAACAAUGGGAUUUGGAGGUAGCGCUUCUCUCAUGUCCACUGUGAUUACCAACGCUGUUAAUGCCCUAGCCACCCUUGUUUCAAUUUUCACUGUCGAUAAGGUUGGAAGGAGGGCCCUUUUCAUUGAGGGUGGUGCUCAAAUGUUCAUCACUCAGGUGAUUAUUGGAAUUGUAAUUGCUCUUAAAUUUGGGAUUAGUGGCAACCCUGGUGUAUUGUCUAAGGGGUUUGCUGAUGGCUUGGUGGCCUGCAUCUGUAUAUAUGUUGCUGGAUUUGCUUGGUCUUGGGGACCUCUAGGAUGGUUGGUGCCAAGUGAAAUCUUCCCCCUUGAAGUAAGGUCAGCUGCUCAAUCCAUCAAUGUCGCUACCAACAUGAUCUUCACCUUCGCCAUAGCUCAAGUUUUCACCACAAUGCUUUGCCACUUGAAGUUCGGGUUGUUCUUCUUCUUUGCGUUCUGGGUUGUGAUCAUGAAUGUUUUCAUUUACACGCUUUUGCCAGAAACAAAAGGUGUUCCGAUUGAAGAAAUGCACACUAUUUGGCAAAAGCACUCCUUUUGGAAAAAGUAUGUCAUUGAAGAAGAAGGUAUUGCCAUGGUCAAGGGAGGACAUAACGUCUAGACCUUUGCUCGGCUUUAUUGUAGGAUUUAUUUUUAAAUUUUUGUUUAGUAUGAGGUUUAAUUUCAGUUUGGAACAUUUUGUUGGAUAUUUAUUGGGUUUAUUUUCUGUAAUUUUUUUUCUAGUGAAAUAAUAUUGGUUAU